UCAAAGAAGACUUUGUAUACGGCGUGCAGAAGCACAUGUGCCUGAAGAGUUUGUCUUGUUAAGUGUUAUUUAUCUGCUUUAGCGAAAAACAUCGUUUACUCAUGAUGGAACUAGCCGAGGCACCUCAGGCGGAAAAUUCGCUCCCACCUCCGAAAGAAGUCAAGAAAGAGGCCAGCGAGGAGGACAUCUUUGAGGAAGAGGCACUGCUGACAGAAGAUAACAAGGAUUCUGAUUAUCUAAAGAACGAUGUGACAGAUCCUCGCACCUUGUUCAUAAAGAACCUUCCCUUCUCUGUGAAACGAGAUGAACUGAAGAAAGUCUUUGACCAGGCCACAGACAUUGAAAUACCAGUAGACAAUGAAGGUUCUACCAAAGGAUAUGCAUUUGUGGAGUUUGAGAGUGUGGAUGAUGCUGCAGAGGCACUGAAGACCUGCAAUAAGAUUAGGAUAAGAGACAAAAAAGGGGACUACAUAGAUGGAAGAGGGAACUCUGAAUCUCCUGUAACUCAAGCAAAAAGGAAAGCAUACACAAAAGACAAGGAAACACCCCCAGCCAAGAAAACGAAAAGUUAUGGAGAAGGCUUCAGUCUCUUGAUUGACAGCUUGAUCCCAGGGAUGGCGUUCAAAGAAAUGAAGUCGGCAGUCCGAACGUUCUUCUCAGAGGAAGGAAUUGAAAUUCAGGGUGUGCGCCAUGGCCGGUCCACGGAAUUUGGCUAUGUUGAAUUUGCUUCAGAGGAAGAUCUAAAGAAAGCUUUGGAGCUGAAUGGCAAGAAGUUAAGGGACCAACCACUGAAACUUGACACAGCCAGUUACAAAGAAAACUUCCAGGAAAUCCAAGAGCGAGAUGCACGUACUUUGUUCAUAAAGAACCUUCCACACUCAACAAAGCAAGAUGAUCUGAAGGAAAUCUUUCCAGAAGCCAUUGAUGUCAGACUACCAUUUGGCAAAAAUGGUUUUACUAGAGGAAUUGCUUACAUUGAGUUUGCGACUGAAGCUAUUGCUGACAAGGUGUUUGAGGAGGCACAAGGGUCUGAUGUUAAAGGAAACUCCAUCGUCAUCGAUUACACAGGAAAAAAGACUACCGGACUGCUAGAUAUUAAUCCAACAAGCAGACUAAUUAUAAAGAAUCUGUCAUUUAAUGUGACUGAAGACUCUCUUCGGGGUAUGUUUGAGAAGGCUGUGAUUGUCAAAAUACCAUACAAAUAUGACAGUCCGCAAGGGUAUGCCUUGGUGGAGUUUGAGAGUGUAGAUGAUGCCAAAGAGGCAAUGGAGACCUGGAACUUCAAAGAGUUGGAUGGCAGAAUGGUCAGACUAACAUACAUGACAAAAAAGGAAAAGAAAAAGGAUGAAGAAGGGGACUCUGCAUCUCAUGUAACUCAAGUAAAAAGGAAAACUGACACAAAAGACAAAGAAACGCCCCCAGCCAAGAAGGUAAAAAGUGAUGAAGAAGAAUUCAUUCUCUUGGUUGGCAAGUUGAACUUGAAGAAGGAUGUCCAUGAAAUUAAAUCAGCAAUCUCACAUUUCUUCUCAAAUGAAGGCCUUAAAAUUCAGAAAGUGCGUCUUGACAUCACCAAGAAAUUUGGCCAUGUUAACUUUGCAUCAGAGAAAGAGCUACAGAAAGCUUUGGAGCUUGAUGGCAAGAAUUUAAUGGGCCAACCAGUGAAACUUGACAGAGCCAGAAGUAAAGACUUGGUAGGAAACAAAGCUGCUAAUUUAUCAAACAAAAUUCUUGUUGUGCACAACCUGUCAUAUAGUGUGACUGUGCACACUCUCCGGCGCGUGUUUGAGAAGUCAGUGGCCAUCAGAAUACCACAAAAAGACGGCAGGCUGCAGGGAUUUGCAUUUGUGCAGUUUGAGAGUGUGGAAGAUGCCAAGGAAGCGCUGGAGAAUUGCAACAACAAAGAGAUUGAGGGCAGAAUUGUCCAUAUAGAGAUCUGCAAAAGCAAGGAAGAAAGAGAUGGAGGAGGAAUGGGGAACUUUGCUGCUGUUCAAUCAAGCAAAACUCUUCUUGUAAACAACUUGUCAUUGAAUGUCACCAAAGACUCUCUCUUUUGUGUGUUUGAGAAGGCGGUGGGCAUCAGGAUAUCACAGAAAAAAGGGAAAUCGAUCAGAUUUGGAUUUGUGGAGUUUGAGAGUGUGGAGGAUGCCGAGGAAGCGCUAGAGACCUGUAACAACGCUGUGAUUGAGGGCAGAAAUAUCAGACUAGAGUUCUGUCAAAGCAGGGAAGAUAAAGAAGCCGAAAUAGGAAACUCUGCUGCUUUUUCAUCAUCCAAAGCCUUAAAAAACGUGCCAUUCAGUGCGACCAAAGACUCUAACCAGAGUGUGCCUGAGAAGUCAGUGAGCAUCAAAAUACCACUUAAUAUUGGCAAUCAGAAGGGACGUGCAUUUAUGGAGUUUACGAGUGUGGAGGAUGCCAUAGAGGCACUAAAGACUGUGAACAAGGCCGAGAUCGAGGGCCAAAGUGUAACACGGUGUCACACAGUGUUUAGUCAGAGCAAGAAGAUGGAGGAGAAGGUGGAGGGAGAAAGAUGGAGCUCUCGACCCUUAAAAACCCUGUUUGUCAGAGGCCUGUCAGAAGAGACUAAAGAUCAGACACUGAAAAAUGCAUUUGAUGGAGCCGUCAGCGCCAAAAUCAUCACAGAUCGAGAUACAGGAUCCUCAAAAGGAUUUGGUUACGUAAACUUUGACAGUGAAGAAGACUGCAAAGCUGCAAGAGAAGCAAUGGACGACUGUGAGAUCAAUGGAAAAAAAGUGUCUGUGGACUAUGCCCAGCCCGAGGGAGGUCGAGGCAGAGGUGGUUCCUUUGGCCAAGGAAGGGGUGGUUUUGGUGGACGAGGCGGAGGAAGGGGUGGUUUUGGUGGACGAGGCGGAGGAAGGGGAGGUUUUGGUGGACGAGGCGGAGGAAGGGGUGGUUUUGGUGGACGAGGCGGAGGAAGGGGUGGUUUUGGUGGACGAGGCGGAGGAAGGGGUGGUUUUGGUGGACGAGGCGGAGGAAGGGGUGGUUUUGGUGGACGAGGCGGAGGAAGGGGUGGUUUUGGUGAACGAGGCGGAGGAAGGGGUGGUUUUGGUGAACGAGGCGGAGGAAGGGGUGGUUUUGGUGAACGAGGCGGAGAAACGUGUGGUUUUGGUGGCCGUGGAGGUGGAUGUGGAAGAGGCAGUGGCUUCAGGGGAAGGUCAAGAGGAAGAGGUGGAGGACGAGGAUCUGGGAACUAACGCAUAAUACUAUUACCUGUUAGUGACCGUGUACAGCUUAAGAUGUCCUUUGUUAUAUAAUUAAUUAAAAUCGAUGUGGCAUGUUUUAAUUAAUUUAGAUGUAUGGAUGGCUAAUAAGAGCAGCAGAGGUGAGUCAUCAGAGUACAAACAUCUCGCCACUUCUUUAUCAAAAGCGGUUAACCAAUAAGUAAAAAGUACUUUGUUAUUUAAGUACUUUUUAUAUUUUCCAGAUAUAUAAAUGUUCAUUGUUUCCAGAUAAAUAAAUGUUCAUUGUUUCCAUAUAAAUAAAUGUUCAUUGUUUUAAAGA